CCGGUAACUAAAACCAGGAAAAGGAAAAAUUCUUUCCAACCAGUACCAUCCUGCCAGUAUCCAAACCGGUGAGCCUGCCAUCUGAGAACCCGCCUUCCGUGGUUCAGCCUGGUGUGACUCGGCGCCCACACCAGCCUGAUGUCUCUACCCAGCCUGAUGUCUCUACCCAGCCUGAUGUCCUGAUCCAGCCUGAUAAUCCUAAUAUGCCAGACGACUCGAUGCCUGCUGUUCCGCCAGACGACUCGAUGCCUGCUGUUCCGCCAGACGACUCGAUGCCUGCUGUUCCGCCAGACGACUCGGUGCCCGCAGUUCCGCCAGACGACUCAGUGCCCGCAGUUCUGCCAGGCGACUCAGUGCCC